UACAACCACGCAGCACGCUUCACUUUAUACGACGAAGGUUUGUUAUGGGAUUAAGAUCGUUUGUUUUGGCAAUAAAAAUCACAUUUCACUGAUCGUGUGUUGUUGGUUGCAAAAAUUGAUUGCUCUACCAAAUAUUAUGAUGAUGAUCUUAGGGUCUUUCACACUAUUUUAGUUCAAGUAACGAAAACGUGCAACGAUGCGACGCGCUUUUUGAGAACAGGGUUUAGAGCUCACGAAAACCCCAUUUCACCGUACCGCAGACAUUGGUCACGGUAGAACGAAAAACCACACACCCUGCCAACCGAUGCCAAGCAGAAACAGAGCACCGUCACGCUUUAAUUCCCUAAUUGAUUUGAUUUAUUGGACCACGAUCUCUCUCUCCCACGCUCCCCUUCUUCUCUCGCACCCAGAAGACGUCCCCAGAAAUGCAAAGCCAACAGACGUUCUUUUAUGUUUUGGAGAUAGUGCGGAAUAAAUGGCCUCACGCUCGAACGGCAACGGUGUCCUCUGACUCUCGCAGUCGCCGUUUGGUUCACCGUUGACUCUCCUCUUAUUGUUUUGUACCAUCACCGGUCCCUUCUGGCCUGUCACGGUCAACUGGGCGGGAUCCCGGGGGCGGGUGCGAAAGCGACAUAAAUGUCCGACCCGAUUUCACAAGGUUCAACAAAACACUCCCCACGUGGGGCAGGGGGGGGGGCACGACGAUCGCGCGCUUUGGAGGCAGAGCAGGCCAGUCCUGUCACAACGCAUCAGCAUCAGUAAACACACACACACACGACACUAACACGGAGGAGCAGCACCGAACCAGCCGGGGCUGAACGUAGCUGCUGCGGCCACGGUCAAUGGCGCCGAGAGGCCAAAGGACGAAAUAUGAAGCGUGAUUCGAAACAGUGGGUGUGUGUGUGUGUGUGUGUGUGUGUGUGAGGAAAGGUGUGGAUCGCAAUUCCGAGGUGUGGAUUCUACCUCCAAUUAAGCGCGAUUCGAUGCGGGAUGGGUUUGCUGGGAGCGUGAGGUACGAUCGCGUUCGUGUGUCUCUGAUUUCAGUCGGUUGCGAAAAGUCGCAGCGAAUGGAAAUCAGUUCAGCAUGGACGUUGCGAGAGUGUGGAGCUUGUGCAAACCGCGGUGUGAGUAAAGGCAGAUAUUUGAUGUGAAGUUCUGUGAAUGAUUUGGGGGUGUUCAGUAACAGUAUCAACUUUCUUUGAGAGAGGAUGGAAGAUCUUUCUUAACAAGAAGCGUUAUUGGUUCUCAAGCAGUCUAAAGUGAAACCCGUGACUAAGCAGUUUCAUACGUUUAAAGUGGCAAAGGAACAUUUUGAAGGCGCGCAAUCGUUGUUCCAGAUGAUCAGCUUAAGCUUUGGAGUACAAAGCGACUAAUUCACGUCAUACAUCGAACAACAAGUUUUGGAAACAUGUGUACAACGUUGUACGACCUCGCACCAUCCUUCCCGUUCCGGGAGGUGCAGCUCAAGCUGGACGUCGACCCGAAGCAGCAGUUCGAGAUACUGCCCGAGCUCGGGCGCGGCACCUUCGGCACGGUGUUUCACUGCCGCGAGAAGGCGACCGGGCUAGAGCUGGCGGCCAAGAUUAUCCCCUACAAGAAGAAGAAGGACCGGGGCGACAUGGUGCGCGAGAUCGACAUCAUGAGCUGCCUGCACCAUCCCCGGCUGAUCCAGCUGUACGAUGCGUUCGACUACGAGAACAAGUUCUACGUCAUCCUCGAGCUCAUUCAAGGUGGCGAGCUGUUCGAGCGCGUCAUUGACGACGAUUUCGUGCUGACGGAGAAAGCGUGCGCCGUCUUCAUGCGGCAGAUCUGCGAGGGCAUGGAGUACAUUCACAGCCGGAGCAUCAUCCACCUAGACAUGAAGCCAGAAAACAUUCUCUGCCUCACAAAGACGGGCAAUCGGAUCAAGAUCAUCGACUUCGGGUUCGCGCGCCGGUACGAUCCGGGCAAGAAGCUGCAGGUGAUGUUCGGCACGGCCGAGUUUGCCGCCCCGGAGGUGCUCAACUUUGACGAGAUCUACUUCUACACCGACAUGUGGAGCCUGGGCGUGAUCUGCUACGUACUCCUCUCCGGGCUGUCACCGUUCGUGGGCGGCGACGACCAGGCCACGAUGACGAACGUCCUGCAGGGCGCGUACACGUUCGACUACAAAUCGUUCGACGCGGUGUCGGACAGCGCGAAGGACUUCGUGCGCAAGCUGCUGGUGCGGGACGGCGAGCGGCGGCUGACCGCGCGGAAGGCGCUGCGGCAUCCGUGGCUGGCGGAAACGACCGCCCAGAGCACCACCGAGCUAUCUGUGACAAAAACAAAGUUGAAACGCUAUGUUAUCAAGAAGCGCUGGAUCAAGGCGGUCAAUACGAUCAUCGCGCUGCGGCGGAUGGGCGCGCGGAUCGAUUACGAUCUGGUGUAGUGGGGGGGGGGGGGGUUUGGGCUCACGCAGGCAGGGGACACGUGAACGGGAUCGGAAGCGUAUACAGACAGACACACAAGCGCGCACAAACACAGAGAUUGACCCGAAGGGAAGGGACCACAACAAGCGGAGCGCCGGAGAAUGGAGCAGCCUGGUGGGAGAGCGAGCGUGCGGUGAACCGACCGGGAAUGCAACUGCAACUGAAAAUCACACACACACACACGUCCUGUCCCCAUCUACCCGUCCACUGGUAGAAUAAUCUUAUCGCCAUGACCACUCUCAACACAAACACACACGUACCCCUUUGCUUGCCGCCCCGAGCGACAGAACGCGAAACCGGUUUCCGAUGGUUCCGCUCGUGCUGUGGAGCGUUGCAUAAUGCAAAACCCGCCCCUCCACCCUCCGGUUCUAGCUUCCGUCCUACCGUUCCGUGCCCCGCCCGCCGGGGUAGGCCCGCCGGGGAGGCUGGAAUUCUAUUUCCUUUCCAAUGUCGAGGAAUCGUGGAUAGGUUGUAAUUUACCUGUUAUAUACUUAGCAAUAAAAUUAAGAUUAACCGGAAUACCGCACAGUUUCCGAAACGGGUUUUUCUGUUGCUUUUCCGACAACCUCCCCGCAACCGAACGCCACCGUGUCAUCAACUGUCCUGCUAAGCACACCGCAAUGCAACUCUUCCCAGU